AUGCGCUUUGGGGCUCCAGGAACAAAUUUGGCAUUGGAGAUUUAUGCAGACCAUGCCCACAACAUCCAGCUCAAGGCGCAUUCACGGGAAUGCUUCCACGAGAGCCUUCACAAGGACGACCAGAUGAUAGUAACAUUUCAGGUCGGCGACCGCGAAUUUGGGGGCAGCGGAAACUUGGACAUCGACUUCUGGUUGCAAGACCCGAACAACCAAAUCAUAUUCAACCAACACACCGUCAGCUCUGGCGACCACUCUCUGACUGCAAAGGUGGACGGCAAAUACGAGUACUGCUUCAGCAACGAGCACUGGUCAGCAAACACCAAGGAGGUCAGCUUCAACGUACACGGAGUCGUAUACGUGCCCGAGAAUGAAGCGGAUAAGGAUCCUCUGGAGAAAGAAAUCCGCGAAAUGUCCGAGCUUAUGGCGCAAGUCAAGGACGAGCAGAACUACAUCACCCUGCGCGAGCGCACACAUCGCAACACGGCCGAGAGCACCAACGCGCGUGUCAAGUGGUGGAGUCUUCUUCAGCUUGGCGUACUGGCGGGCGAAGGAAUUUUCCAGGUGUGGUGGCUGAAGCGUUUCUUCGAGGUGAAAUCGUCCGGUCGUCCGUCCUUUGGCAAAGGCGCUCUGGGCUAA